AUGCCAGCUACCGAAAUAAUACCUUUAAAACAUACUGACUUGUUUAAGUCAAUAAAAGUUGGUGACCAUACCUUGUCAAAUAAAGUUGUUCAUGCUCCCACGACUAGAUUCAGGGCUUUAGACGAUCAUACUCCUUCGGAUUUAGAAUUUGAGUAUUAUUCUAAGAGAUCUCAGUUUCCUGGUUCAUUGUUGGUUACUGAAGCAACUUUUGUAUCUGAGCAAGCUGGUCUAUACUCUAAUGUUCCUGGGAUUUGGGAAGCUAAGCAUGUUCAAGCUUGGAAGAAGAUAACUGAUGAAGUUCAUAAGAAUGGUUCCUUCAUCGCUUGUCAAUUCUGGUAUUUGGGUAGGGUUGGUGAUCCAAAGUUAUUAAAGAAACGUGGAUUGGAUUUUGUUUCGUCGUCUGACAAUUAUGUCGAUAAAAAGUCCAAAAAAUAUGCCGAAUCUGUUGGUAAUCCUCUUAGAGCUUUGACAGAAGACGAAGUUCACGAUCUUGUAUUCAAGACAUACGCUAAUGCAGCCAAAAAUGCAUUAGCUGCUGGUUUUGAUUAUAUUGAACUCCAUGGUGCCCACGGUUACUUAAUCGAUCAAUUCCUUCAGCCAUCAGCAAACACCAGAAAUGACAAAUACGGUGGAAGUAUUGAGAAAAGAGCAAAGUUUGUGUUGGAUUUAAUCGAUCAUUUGACUUCUAUUGUCGGCGCACAUAGAUUAGCCAUUAGGCUUUCGCCGUGGGCCAAGUUCCAAGGUAUUAAAAGUGAAGAAGAUACAGUGCAUCCUAUCACAACAUUCAGUUAUCUUUUACAUGAAUUACAGAACAGAGCUGAUGCAGGCAACCAGCUUGCAUACAUUUCUAUUGUAGAGCCUCGGGUUCAGGGAACAAUUAGCGUAGGUGAAGACCAACAAAAGGGAAACAAUGAUUUCGUGGGUCAGAUUUGGAAAGGUAUAAUUUUGAAGAGUGGUAAUUACACCUAUGAUGCUCCUAACUUCAAGACCAUGUUACAAGAUAUCAGUGACAACCGUACUUUAGUUGGAUUUUCAAGAUAUUAUACUUCUAACCCCGAUUUAGUUAAAAGACUUUACGAAGGAUGGGACUUGGUUCCUUACGAUAGGCCUACCUUUUACACCAAAAACAAUUGGCACUAUAACACCUUUGCUAACUAUGAAGAGGAAGACAAGUCCAUCAAGGAAGAAGAAGAAAAGAGAUUUGCUAAAGAUAUCGGAUUACUUAAAGCUCAUUUGUGA